AUGCCGCCCAAAAAAGUGCAACUAGGCACGCGUGAGCGUUCUUUGUUCGCGCGACUGAUUCAAGAGUAUGAGACGAAGAAAUACAAGCUGGCUGUGAAAACAGCAGACGCCAUCUUGGCCAAGGCACCAGAGCAUGGUGAGACGGUGGCCAUCAAGGGCCUCGUGCUCUUCUCCAUGCACGAGCGUGAAGAAGGAUUGAGGCUCACCAAGCUUGGUGUGCGCUAUGACCUCAACAGCUUUAUUUGCUGGCAUGCUCUUGGUAUCGUGCACCGCAUGGACCGUAACUACCAUGAGUCGCUCAAGUGCUACGCUCAGGCGCUUAGGAUCGAAGGAGGUAACCUCAAUAUCAUUCGUGAGUCAGGUUUCAUGCAACUUCAAAUGCGCAACUACUUGCCAUUCAUUGACGCCCGUCUCGUUUUACUGCGUACACAACCGCAUCUGCGCUCAAAUUGGGUAGCGCUGGCACUCGCUCACGACUUGGCCGGUAACAAGACGCAAGCUGUGCGUGUAUUAGCAGGCUACGAGGAUGUGUGCCGCGAUAUUCCAAAACAUUGCUACGAAUAUUCUGAAGUAGUACUGUACCAUGCCAGUUUGCUCGAAGAAAUGGGUGAUGCACACGGUGUCCUCGAUCUCCUCGAAACCCAAAAAGCGCACAUUGUCGAUGAGCCAUCAUCAAACGCCAUGCGUGCUCGAGCACUCAGUACUAUUGGACGUAUGGAUGAUGCAGCUAUUGCAUGGUUCGCUAUGCUCGAGCGUAAUUCAGAAAAUAAGGCUUGGAUUCAAGCGUACCUUGAUGUCGUCGCUACGAACGAAUCUCGUCUCAUGCACCUUCUUGACCUCAAGUGUAAGUUCCCUAAAUCCACUAUGAUUCGCCGCAUGAUCUUGCAUGUUGCACAGAAUGCCGACUUCAGGGAGCAAGCUCGCGAGUACGUUGAGUAUGCGCUGGUGAAGAAUGUGCCAUCCUUAUUCUUGGAUCUCAAAUCGUUGUACUCGCAACCCGGCAAAAAAGACAUGAUCGAAGAAAUCGUGGAAGAGUGCCGCAUUCGCUGGGAUCCGCAAACGGGUGACGAGGGCCACGGUCCGCCCUCCUCAUACCUUUACGCCAUGUAUUAUUUGGCGCAUCACUACUCGUACACUGGGCAAACGUCGCGUGCUCUGCUCUAUAUUGACUCUAUUAUUCAGCACACGCCAUCUAUGCCGGAAUUGCACAUGACCCGCGCUCGUGUGCUAAAGCGUGCAGGUGCCUAUGAAGCAGCAGCGGAUGCGAUGGAGGAUGCUCGUCUUUUAGAUGGUCAAGACCGGUAUCUGAAUACCAAGGCGGCUAAGUACUUGCUGCGAAUUAAUAAGGUUGAGGAAGCAGCCAAGAAGCUCAAACUUUUUACGCGUCCUGAUUUGGAGGAUCCUGUCGUGGACCUUGUGCAAAUGCAGGCUGUGGAGCACAUUGUCGAGCACGCUGAGGCCCAUGUGCGCCGGGGUGAAUAUGCUAUGGCCCUUAAGCGGAUCCAUGACAUCCACAAGACCAUGCAAGACAUUUAUGACGAUCAGCUCGACUUCCACUCGUAUUGCAUGCGUAAAAUGACGCUCCGAACGUACGUUCGCACAUUGCGAUUUGAAGACCAUGUCUUUGCGCACCCUGCCUAUAUCCACGCAGCAAACGAAGCUGCCGCUCUGUAUGCCAAACUGCAUGAUCAGCCAUACGACCCUGAGCCGGAGGUGGCCAGGCACCAGGCAUUGAAGCCCGCUCAGCAAACUCAAGAGUCGGACGAUGUGUCAGCCUUGCCCCCCGAUUCUGAUCCAUUCGGUCUUAAGCUAGCCAAGACGCAAAAGCCGCUGGAAGAUGCCCAUCUAUUUAUUCGGAAACUUCAGGCAAAUGCCCCGAAUGAUAUUCACACGUGGAUUUCGGCCUUCGAGGUAGCGAUCCGCGGGCAAAAUUGGUUGUUGGCUCUGCGCGCACUGUCUCUCGCAUACAGGCUUGAUCCAUCGCAUCCCCGCCUGGCUGUGCAGUUUGUGACAUUCCAUAAGGCAACGUUUGGGAAGCUGCCAGACAAUGUGCGUCAGGCUGUGGAUAAAAUCGUCGCUGAAGUGCCGCCGCUCGGCAUGUCUCCCAAGCAAUACUAUACAGAGUACAACCAACGGUACGGUCUGAAAUCGGCCAUGCAUGCGUUGGGUGCGGCUGAAGUGCUUUACGCAGCAGAAGGUCUGGACCAGGCUUCAGAAGUGGCCCACCUCGUAUUUGGACUGAUCAGGAUACCUGAUGCUCCUCUUUUUGUGCUCGAGGCUGCUGUUCAGUUUCUUCAGCGGGUUGAGAAGGAUGCACCUGGCCUUGCUACGUCUGAAGUGUCGUCCCAGGCUUUCAUGCGAGCGGCUCACGAGACUUGGCCGCACGCCGACGCCUUCAGCUCGUUUGAGGAAAAGCAGCGACAGGCAGCAGCUCGUUAUGAAGCGCGCCGUGCAUGGAUUCACGUAGAGGUGUAA